AUGCAGAACGAACCUAUGUUUCAAGUCCAAGUGGACGAGUCCGAGGACACGGAGUGGAAUGACAUUUUGAGAGAUAAAGGUGUUAUUCCUCAAAGGCCACCUUCACCCUCAGAACAAUUGGAGGAAGCAUUGGAGGAAGCAUUGGCAAAGCAGCAUGAGAAUAGACUUGAGGAUAAAGCCCUUUCGGACCUUGAAGAUUUAGAAGAUGAAGAAGACGAAGAUUUCUUGGAAUUGUACAAGAGAAAAAGGCUAGCAGAAAUUGCAAAAAUGCAGGAAAAAUCGAAAUUUGGCGAUGUUAUCGAAAUAAAUAAACCCGAGUAUCAUAAGGAGAUUACAUUGGCUAGUAUAGGUGAUACUAAAGGGAAAGGACUAGCUUCUCUGAGUAUUGAAUCGGACAGUGAAGAAGAUGAAAAAAAGCGAGGUUCUAAUGAAACCACGGGUGUAUACGUCUUUGUGCACCUCAGUUUAGAAAGCAAAUUGCAAAGUAGAAUUUUGGCUAACAUCUUUAGAAAGCUAUCACCAAGGUUUCGCGAAAUAAAAUUUGUAGAAAUAAAAGCUACUCGAGCUAUAGAAAAUUAUCCAGAAUCAAAUUGUCCAACCUUACUAGUAUAUUACAAAGGAGAUGUUGUCAAGAAUAUGAUAACUUUGUUGGAGCUCGGGGGUAAUGAUACUAAAUUAAAAGAUUUUGAAGAACUUAUGGUUCGUGUCGGAGCUGUUUCCGAAAAGGACGAAAGACUGAUAAUAAAUCAAGAUGAUGAGGAUGCACGAGAAUCCAAAAGAUUGAACCUUGCCAAGGGAGGCAUCAGAUCUGGAAUUUCGGGCAAAUUCAAUCAAGGAAUUGGUGCUGAGGAUGACGAUGAUUUUUUUGAUUAA